GAAGGAAGGAGAGAGAGAAGCUAAACAGGUGGUCUGAAAACACACAGAAAACAAUGCCGUCCGGCGGGGAGAAGCGGAAAGACCUUUAGUCCUCGCUUCUGUAAAGGAAUACCGGAGCAGCCGCGGAGCAGGACAAACAAAAACCCAUGCUCCUUUUUUAUUUCCACACGGAUCUCUCCUCCUCCUCCUCCUCUCCUCGGUUUGACUCCGAAUCUGGGCAAGAUCUCGGAUACUAAACCAUGAAAGUCACGGUGUGUUUUGGCAGGACCCGGGUGGUGGUGCCGUGCGGGGAUGGAAAUAUCAAAGUGCACACACUCAUCCAGCAGGCUGUCAUGAGAUAUAAGAAGGCUAUCGCCAAGGAUGCUAGUUACUGGCUGCAGGUCCACCGGUUGGAGCACGGUGAUGGCGGCAUCCUCGACCUGGAUGAUGUGCUCUGCGACGUGGCCGAUGACAAAGACAGGUUGAUAGCCGUGUACGACGAACAGGAGCCCCAUCAUGGAGGCGAUGGUACCAGCGCCAGCUCCACGGGGACCCAGAGCCCCGACCUGUUUGCUGCUGAUCUCAGUGCUGGCAGUGGAGCUUCAGCCUUCCAACCCUACCAGGCUGCCAGCGAGAUCGAGGUUACACCCUCUGCCUUGCGUACCAAUAUGCCCCUCCACGUCCGGCGCAGCAGUGACCCGGCCCUGCUCACCAUCAAUGGGCCGUUUAGCAGCAGCAGCGAGUCACAGGUCCAAACGGAGGAGCCACCGUCAAGAAAGAACCCAACCCGCUGGUCCACCACCGCUGGCUUCUUGAAAGCUCGCCACUCCUCCGGCACCAACAGCCUUGAGAGGAAGGGUAAAGGUAUGGACACGUAUCGCAGUCUGCCCCGAGAUGCAGGGACAUGGAGAGAAUUUCAGAGAGAGACGGCCCGGUCAUCGCUCAGUGCCAAUCAUCCCAUGGUGGACCGCUGGUUGGAGAGACAAGAACAGGAGGAGGAGGCCAGAGAAGAAGAAAAUGGCAGGAUUGAGCCGGUCGGACGAGCUGACUCCUGCAUGGACCACACCCCUGUGAGGUCACUCGAAGACAUAGUCAAACUGGUGGAGGUGUCAAACGACGGUGGGCCCCUGGGAAUCCACGUGGUGCCUUUCAGUGGCAGGGACCGCAGGACUCUUGGCUUGUUGGUCAAGCGUCUGGAGAGGGGAGGGAAGGCCGAGCAGCAGGGCCUCUUCCAGGAGAACGACUGUAUCGUCCGUAUCAAUAACGGAGACCUGCGAAACAUCCGCUUUGAACAAGCCCAGAACAUGUUUCGUCAGGCCAUGCGCUCUCCAGUCAUCAUGUUUCACGUGGUGCCAUCAUCCAUGAAGGCCCACUACGAGCAGCUGUCCCACGCUGAGAGGAACCCAGCGUACGCCUCAGGCCGUUUUAGCCCCGACUCCCUGACUGGCAGCACCAUCUCCGGCAUGGACCACACCCCACAGAGGAUGUCCCGGCAUGGUUCCCAAACGCAUCCACACUCCCAUCCGCACCCUCAUUCCCAUGCUCACCCAGACCCGACUGACGGCUACCCCACUCUGACUCACCCAGCGGUGUCUGCAGCCAAGCCCCCAACAGGUCACACCCACUCCCCUCAGAGGGGGCUGAACUCCACUCCCACGGGAGGGUAUACCAAAAAAGUCGGGCGCAGACUCAACAUCCAGCUAAAGAAAGGUCCCGAGGGGCUCGGCUUCAGUAUUACAUCACGGGAUGUUCCCAUUGGAGGCUCGGCACCCAUCUAUGUAAAGAACAUACUGCCUCGGGGAGCUGCCAUCCAAGAUGGCCGCCUCAAGGCAGGAGACAGGUUGCUGGAGGUGAACGGAGUGGACCUGAAUGGACGGACCCAGGAGGAGGUGGUGUCUCUGCUCAGGGCCACGCCCAUGGGUGGGGCCGUAGGGCUGCUGGUCCUACGCCAAGAAGAGGCUUUCCUCCCCCGCGAAGUGAAUGCUGAGCCCCAGAUGCAAUGCCCCAGAGAUUCGCAUCCAAGGCAGCCUGUGAUAGCCGGGAAACCCCAUUGGCUGAUUGAGAAGACAGAAGACGACGAGUUGGUCCUGACUCCAGAUGGGACCAGGGAGUUCCUGACCUUUGAGAUCCCCCUCAGUGACUCGGGUUCAGCGGGUUUGGGUGUCAGCGUCAAAGGCAACCGCUCCAAGGAGAACCAUGCUGACCUGGGUAUCUUUGUCAAAUCCAUCAUCAAUGGAGGAGCAGCCUGCAAGGACGGCCGGCUUCGAGUGAACGACCAGUUGAUUGCUGUCAACGGGGAGUCGCUACUGGGCAAAACCAACCAAGACGCCAUGGAGACGCUCCGCAAGUCCAUGUCAACGGAAGGCAACAAACGUGGGAUGAUCCAGCUCAUUGUGGCCAGACGGGUGGCCAAAAGAAAUGAGGAGACACCAGGGAGCCCACUGGGACCCCAGCAGACCAUGAACACCUCUCUGGACGACCAUGAACGCCGAAUCUCCCACUCCCUGUAUGGUGGCCUGGAGGGUCUCGAUGACAACUUGAUGCCACGGCAAGGCAUGAUGCCUCGCACCGUAGGGAACUAUCAGCUCUCACCGACCGUCAACAUGCCGCAGAACGACACUGUGAUCAUAGAGGAUGACCGGCCGCCGCUGCUUCCACCUCACCUCUCUGACCAGUCGUCGUCUAGCUCCCAUGACGACGUGGGCUUCACCGCUGACAUCACGCCACCGUGGGCCAAGGAACUGCCCGAUCAGAAUGACAGCUCUCUGGGUCCAGAUGAAAAUCAUCCAGACAGUGCUUUCCAGAGGGAAGGUUUCGGACGCCAGAGCAUGUCAGAGAAACGCACCAAACAGUUCGGAGACGCCUCUCAGCUCGAGAUCAUCAAAACACGCAAGUCCAAGAGCAUGGAUCUAGUAGCCGACGAGAUUAACCUCACCCCUCGUCCCGAGAUCAACACAGGUUCCUCCACAAAGGAUGUGGGACCAUCACUGGGCUUAAAGAAGUCCAGCUCUCUCGAGAGCCUCCAGACAGCUGUUGCCGAGGUAACCCUCAAUGGGGACCUCCCCUUCCACAGGCCUCGCCCCCGUAUCAUCAGGGGCCGCGGCUGCAACGAGAGCUUCAGGGCAGCCAUCGACAAAUCCUACGACCGGCCGGCUGCCACAGAGGAGGACGAUGAGGGCAUGGAGACGUUGGAGGAGGACACAGAGGAGAGUUCCCGGUCGGGGAGAGACUCUGUGUCCACGGUGGCCGACCAGACCCCGCUGCCUGGAACCGAGAAACCCCUGGUCAACGGCACCAACCGCACCAAAGAGGAGAAGAAGAAGGACAAAGACAAGGGAGGGAAGGAGAAGAAGAAGCAGGAGGGAGGGAAGGACAAGGACAAGGGAAAAGCCAAGAAGGGCAUGCUGAAGGGACUCGGGGACAUGUUCAGGUUUGGGAAGCACCGCAAAGACGAGCGUCCCGGCGAAAAGAUGGAUCGUAAAGGCUCCAGCAAGUGGAGGCCUGAGGAGACGCAGGUUUCUGAGGAGGAGACAAUGAAGAUGAGGAUGGAGCAGGAGAGGAUCCAGGCCAAGACCAGGGAGCUGAGGGAGCGCCAGGCCAGGGAACGGGACUACGCUGAGAUUCUGGACAUAAGCCGCACGCCAGAGCGGUCCUCUGAGGAGGAGCAUCCGUACGCCGGGAUCAACCCCCUGAACAGCUCCGUGGACAGUGGUCACAGCCGACCCCACAGCCCCCGGGACGAUUACCCCCACAUCCAUCCACACCACCAGCACCAGCACUCUGAUUCCCUCUACACCCAAGUCAGCAAGGCCCGCAGUGACCGGCCUCCAUCUGCAGACAGUAACCGGCUAGCCCCUAGCAACCACGACCGGAUACAGAGGCUGAGGCAGGAGUUCCAGCAGGCCCAGAACGUCCCGGACGACCCUGACGACCGCAGGAGGACCUACAGCUUCGAGCAGCCCUGGUCAAACACCAGCAGCAACGGUCCGGGCGGGUACAGUCAGCCGGGUCGCCACUCGGUGUCGGUCGAGGUCCAGAUGCAAAGACAGAGACAGGAGGAGAGAGACUCGUUCGCCCAGGCGCAACGACAGUACAGCUCCUUACCAAGGCAACCCAGGAAGAAUCCUAGCACCAUCUCCCAAGACUCAUGGGAUAAGGCUUACCCACCUGGAGAGGGCUUCCAGACAGCCAAGGACAACCCCAGGUACUCCAGCUACCAGGGCUCCAGGAACGGCUACCCAGGUGGUUGUGGUGUCAAUGCCAGAGUCCUUCUGGAGGCCCAGGAGCUCCUGAGGCAGGAGCAAAGGCGCCGAGAGCAGGAAGCCAAAGGGAAAUUAAUGCAGGAGAGCACCAGUAACAGCAGCUACGAGGGCUACUCCCCAGCUCACCUGAAGGACCCGGCCUCCCCCAAGGGUCCGUACCGCCAAGAUGUGCCACCUUCACCUUCACAGUUAGCAAGGCUUAAUAGGUUGGGGUCAGAGAAAGGACGACUUUUUUAUUCUUGAGGAGUGAUGUUGGGCUGACGGAUAAAGAGCCGCACAGACAACUUUUGGCUCAGGAGCUAAAGGGGAUCACCCCACGAAAGUGGACGCUACAAAUCUGGACAAAGGACAGCCUAGAGGUCUUAUAGCUUAGCGAUGAUCUUAGAGGUAAACAGCUGUGAAGUGUACUCAGUAUGUGGGUGUUUGUGUUCAGUCCCUCGCUGUACCGAUGACAGAUACCAGUAGUCACUCAGUCACUCACCCUACUACAGACUUGAGACGCUCAGUGCCUUCUCUGCAUUCACAAACACGAUGCUCGUUCACAGUCGUCCAGGACUCUGAUUCAUCCAGAUCUGGCACCGUCAUGUACUGACAAUCAAAUGGGCAGACGGGAAAGUGAGUGGUCGUUCUUUUGAGCCCACGCUGGGGCGUACGUUUCUGUGUGGGUUUAUGACAAGGUACAUGUUUCAUGAUCAAGAAUGUGUUUCGUGGCUUUACAGAGUGUCCUGUGGAUGACUCGUCCCACCGGCCACAAAUCACCCUUUCUUCACUUCACUGAAGUUCACGUUCAAACCCUUACCAACGCUGCCAGUUUUUCUCUGCAGUCUGUUUUCUCUGCUUCCACUGUUUUUCUCCUGAGCGACUGGGCUCUCUCUCAUGAGUGCUCCCAGGGGAGCAGAGAAAACAAGGCAAAGUGUAUGAAAGAAGCAGGGCACAGUGUGUAUGUUAUUAAUAAAAAAGCCCCCCUCAUAAAUGAUUCAUAUGGUGUGUUAUCUCCAUGAGGGAGACCCAAGCAGCGAGGGUAGACAGCUCUGAUCCUCUGCCUGGCCCCCCUGCACUGCUCUGUGCUUGACUCGUUGGCCUGCCUGCCUUUCUGCCUGGAGCUCUGGCUUCCAAUCCUCCUCUCCUUGUUCUUGUCGCCUCUCUGUUCAUUACACUCCUUUCUUCUACCUUUCUGCUCUCCCCUCCUCCCACCUUUGACUCAUCACACCCCUCCCCUUCUCCUUAUUCUUCCUCCUGCUACCCAGUCCCACCCUCCUCCUCCUCCUCCUCCUCUUCGUCUCCCGAGUCAGGCUCUGCACUGAAUUUUUCAUCACAAGCCACCUGCUGCCUGCCAGAGCCAAAGAACGCUGCCACCAGAGGCACCAACAGAGGGCCUGGCUUCUGACAUAAAGAGCAGAAUAAAAGCAUAAAAAGAGCCAGAAUAAAGAUGGGUAGAGAGACAAUGACCCUCCUAGUGUGAGAUUUGCUGGAGCUUUUCUCCCUUUUUUAACAAAAGGCAAAAUUGUCCUCAGGAGUUAAUUGCUUUCGAUUGCAGUAAUUGCUUUGUCUAUUCUUUACCUUUUUAAGCAUUUAGCCGACACUCGUCUCCAGACUGAUUUGAAAAGAGGGAGCAGGUAGGGGUGCUAUCUUGCUUUAAAAAAAAAAACCCACAGCAGUCAAUGGAUGAACUGAGGGCUGCUGGCUUUUAAAGGGUAGGUUGAACAUAAUUUCUGGCUUACCUCCAUGGAUAUAUGCACAUCCGGUGAUUUUCAUCAGGUUUCUGGUGCCAUCCUAACACAGAGGAGGUGGAUGGGAUUUUGUUUGCUGUGCCCACAGCACUGAAAAGUCCGCUACAAAAACAUUUUCAUAGAAACGUACGUUUCUUUGAUUUGAAAUUUCUCCAAAGAUAUAAUGUGUAUGAAACCUGCUGACAGUGUGCUAGCUCUAGUCACUAACUGUCAGUUAGCAGGCUUGUUAACUCAGCUGCUAACAAGACAGUGAGUUCACAGUUUCUUUCAAACCACUGACUCCUGUCUUAUAACUAGUCCAAUUUAGUGGAGAAGUUUUACUCCAACUGAGGAGGGUUAUAUAAAAUCAGGUGGUGCAAUGCAACUAAUAAACUGUGAUAACUUACCUCAGCUGUAUUAGGGUGGAUACAAAAAUCUCACAGCCUGAAUAAAUUAAACCAAAACCAUCUGCAUGCUUGGAUGCCACUGGGGGUAUAAUGUUGUUUCGACCCUUAAAACCAGUGAAGUUUUGAUUAUGAGUCACUGUAACCCAGUGGCUGGUGCCAUUAUAACCUGAGAGUAUUCUCAUUUUCAUUCCAGUCAAAGUCUACUGCUGCUGAUUGGCAUUUUUUUCACCAAGAGAGAAGGAACUAAUCAGUGAAAUCAGCUGCUGUAGUUGUAGGUUGUAGGUUGGAAAGGAGACCUUGGGUGUCGAUCACUGCCACAGCCCCACCAGCCCACCUCCGUAAUUGUUGCCGUGGGUGGAAACAGAUCCUCUUGGUCUGAACAAACCCUUCUUUAACAUCACGACCGAUCUCUGCCUGCAAGCCAACAAAUGAGACCGAGCUGAGGUCGAACUUUAAACAAAAGGGAAAUACAAAAAUAAAUAAAUGGCCAUCAUCAAGCUGUGGAAAACAAACAGGCAGUGUGUAAUUGCCCUUCACUCCUACACACUCUCCAUAUGCAGAGCGAAGCUGCGUGACGUACAUUAUCUCCUGUUGGUUAAUGAACAAAAAUGUAAGAAGUUGAAGAAAAGAGGAUUUUUCAGUGGCAUUAUUUCAGUGUAUGAACCUGUAUAACAACCUGAGGAAAGUUCAAAGCACUGCUCUGCUUUAAGCCCAUUAAAAAUUCCCUCCUGCAUUAUGUAUGUUCAUGGGUGUAACAACACAAACACACUGGGGCCCUUUACCAGUGUAUGUGUUUUUAUAUCUGUGCCACAAUGGGCUGAUGAAAAUAAGAUACAAACUGUGCAAGUGAGGAUGAAAAAAAUCUCCACUCUGAGUGGUUUUUGGUUAAAAGUGUCUGGUUGAGUGGCCCACACUUCCUGCUGUGAACACUAGUGCGUCUCGCAAUACAGACUAGCACAUUUUGAAGGAUGUAUUUGACCCUUGCUCUAAAUGUCAUGGAUUUUGCUGCUCAGCUGUCCAGUUACGGGGUCUAAUAAAAGUGCCUGAGUUAAUAUCAUAAUAUUGUACACAAAGAGGGACACGAUGUGAUUUGUUUGUCAGUGACACUACAGCACACACACUACAGUGUGUGUAUGUAUUGUUUGUUUGUUUUUUUUUUUACAUUUUUAAUAUCAUAUAAAAAUGUGUCAUUUUUGGGGUACUCCUUCCUGAACCUGUAUUAUUUUAUUCACAAGAGCCAACACUUAAAAGCGGUUAUCAGUGUAUUUGUAUCCUGUUUGACAUUGCCUUCAACCAUGCUGUACCAUGAUGUGUUUUAAAGUAUAAAAAAAAAAGAAAAGAAAUGGAAGCUAAUGGAAGCUGAUGUGCAAUUGUUUUGUUUUGUUUUUCCAGAAAACUUUUACAUAUAUUAAGAAAUGUAUGCAGCCACUUUUUCCUGUACAUAUCAAAUUUAGAAUAAAACGGAAGGCUGUUCCAUCCUGAUGGGAAGAG